GCUCAACCAUAGCUUGUACGCACGCCUGCACCAGCGCACCGGCGCAUCUCGACUCGCCGGACCGCGCAGGGCUUUGCUGGCCGACCGACCAGAGCCCCUGGAGGACAGGCAGGGCGCUCGCCCCUCGCCCGCCUUUGAAUUGGGAGAGCCCUGUUGAGGAGCUCCAAACUGCUGAAGCAAGAUGGCCGCGCCCCCCAAGGAGUGCCCCUUCGCCAAGGCCGGAGAGCUCGUCGAGCUCGCCAAGGAGAAGUGCCCCGCCUUCCAGGAAGGGUGCCCCUUCUCCGAGACCAAAACGCCGGUCGAAAUCAGGGCAUCGCUCCAGAAGAUGCCGCCGUCGCACACGUCCAAGAGCCACGCCGUCCACGCGGCCGUCGCGAGGACGCGCGCCAAUUCACUAACGGACCAGUCGGGCGACGACGUCCUGGUGGACGAGUGGCUCGGCUGGUGGGCGAGCCACACGGACGUCGACAUCGAGAACCAAAUUUCCAGUGAUGACGGCCUCGCGUCGCGCUUGAAAAAGGGCACGGAGCAGGCUCAUGAGGAGGCCGAGAACGUGGCCUUCGUCAAACUACUGCUCAAGGGCAAGGCCCCUCUGGAAUCAUACGUGGCUUUGAUAGCUGCGCUGAAGCCGAUCUACGGUGCUCUUGAGAAAGCGGCGGAUCGGGUAUCCAGGACUUGCCCCGCGGUGGCGCGAGUCUGCGACGACACCCUACCACAAUUGAGGAGAUACGAAUCGCUCGAGGCGGACCUGGCCUACUAUCGGAGAAGGUGCCCCGACGUAACAAAACGGGCCGAGGCCUUUGCAAGGCGGUCGAAAGCCACGAACGAGUACGUGUCUUCUCUAGAUAGCUGGCCUGCAACUGGCCCGAAGGCCGAAGCCUUGGUGGCCCAUUUGUACACGAGGUACCUCGGCGACCUGUCGGGAGGCCAGAUUUUGCGACGGGCCGCCGUCCGGGCCUACGGCCUCACGCCGCCGGGCGGCACGACGCUCGACGCGGUCGACGGCGUGCGGUUCUACGACUUUAGGCUCAUCGGCAAGCCGACGAAGUUGCGACGCUUCAAGGACGAGUACCGGAGGCGGUUGGACGACCUGCGCGUGGCCGAUGGUGAUCUGGUCGUGGCCGAGGCCGUCGCGGCCUUUAGAAGGAACACGCAGCUCCUCAAGGAAUUAGAUUUUGUGGUCCUGGGCGCCACCGAGGCGGCGGCGCGCCACGCGCGGCCCACGAAGCCGAAACAGCAGGGCCAGUGCCCCUUCCUCGCCAAGGAAGACAUCGCGGCGCUGCCCUUCAAGGAGUGCCCCGUCACGGGCGAGAGCGUGAGCGCGUCCCGGGCGUCGCCGCGGCGGCGUUUUAACGCCGCGGAUAUCGCGGUGGUGGCGUUUUUUGCGUUGGGAAUGGUAUUCCUGAUCCACCGCGCGACGCCGCCCAGCGUGCUGCUGCCCGGGCCCUGAUUGAUAAGCUUCCUUUGUUUGUACUUC